UCAGGAGUUCAUACAGUUCUUUGAAAAUUUGUUCAACUGGGUUUAUUAAAUGCAAAUAUACUUUUUAUAAUGAACUUGUCAAAAUGAGAGGGAAUCAACUAUUUAUAAUCAUGGCAUAACUACCUUGUGAGAAGUGAAUGCCUUGCCUUUGUGCACCCAUUUCUAAUGGAGGACAAGAAGUUAUUUUCUCCAAUGGCUGACUUCCAGAAUUUUUGGCUGAACGUGUUUUGUCAAGUGUAUAUUCCCUUCUCUAGGCCUUUCUAUAUAGAGCCCACAAACAUCGUCAAUGUGAAUGAUGUCAUUCAGAGGGUUAGUGACCAUGCCUCUGCCAUGAACAAGAGGAUUCAUUACUACAGUCGGCUCACCACUCCCGCAGACAAAGCACUGAUUGCCCCAGACCAUGUAGUACCAGCACCAGAAGAGUGUUAUGUUUAUAGUCCAUUGGGUUCUGCUUAUAAACUUCAAAGUUAUACUGAAGGAUAUGGUAAAAACACCAGUUUAGUAACCAUUUUUAUGAUUUGGAAUACCAUGAUGGGAACAUCGAUUCUGAGUAUUCCUUGGGGCAUAAAACAGGCUGGAUUUACUACUGGAAUAUGUGUCAUCAUGCUGAUGGGCCUUUUAACACUUUAUUGCUGCUACAGAGUAGUGAAAUCACGAACCAUGAUAUCAUCAUUGGAUACCACUACUUGGGAAUAUCCAGAUGUCUGCAAAUAUUAUUUUGGCUCCUUUGGGCAGUGGUCGAGUCUCCUUUUCUCUUUGGUAUCUCUCGUUGGAGCAAUGAUAGUUUAUUGGGUGCUUAUGUCGAAUUUUCUUUUUAAUACUGGAAAGUUCAUUUUUAAUUUUAUUCAUCACAUUAAUGACACAGACACUAUUCUGAGUACCAAUAAUACCAACCCUGUGAUUUGUCCAAGUGCCGAAAAUGGUGGCCAUCCUGACAAUGGCUCUAUGAUUCUCUUCGCCAAUGACACGGGAGUCCAACAAUUUGAGAAAUGGUGGAAUAAGUCCAGGACAGUGCCCUUUUACCUAAUAGGGCUUCUCCUACCGCUGCUCAAUUUCAAAUCUCCUUCUUUUUUUUCCAAGUUUAAUAUCCUAGGAACAGGAUCUGUUCUCUAUUUGAUAUUCCUUGUCACCUUUAAGGCUAUUCGCUUGGGAUUUCAUUUGGAAUUUCAUUGGUUGAUCCCAACAGAAUUUUUUGUACCAGAGAUAAGAUUUCAAUUUCCACAGCUGACUGGAGUGCUUACACUUGCUUUCUUUAUUCAUAAUUGUAUUAUCACACUCUUGAAGAACAAUAAGAACCAAGCAAAUAAUGUGAGGGACCUAUGCAUUGCAUAUAUGCUGGUAACAUUAACUUACCUCUAUAUUGGAGUCCUGGUUUUUGCUUCAUUUCCUUCACCACCAUUAUCCAAAGAUUGUAUUGAGCAGAAUUUUUUAGACAACUUCCCUAGCAGUGACACCCUGUCCUUCAUUGCAAGGAUAUUCCUGCUGUUCCAGAUGAUGACCGUAUACCCACUUUUAGGCUACUUGGCUCGAGUCCAGCUAUUGGGCCAUAUCUUCGGUGACAUUUAUCCUAGCAUUUUCCACGUGUUGAUUCUUAAUCUAAUUAUAGUGGGAGCUGGAGUGAUCAUGGCCUGUUUCUACCCAAACAUAGGAGGGAUCAUAAGAUAUUCAGGAGCAGCAUGCGGCCUGGCCUUUGUAUUUAUAUAUCCAUCUCUCAUCUAUAUCAUUUCCCUCCACCAAGAAGAACGUCUGACAUGGCCUAAAUUAAUCUUUCACGUUUUCAUCAUCAUUUUGGGGCUGGCUAACAUGAUCGUUCAGUUUUUUAUGUGAAAUACUCAACUGUUUUCUCAAGAUCUUCCAUGGUAUUUUGAACCUUGACAACAGUACUACAUAAAUUCACUUGUAAAUGCUGUCGUUGUAUAAUUCUAAAUGUUUUUCUAAGAUCAUUUGAAAGUAAAGCUAAUAGUCACUCAUUAAUAAGUGCGUUUAGAGUGGGGAAAGGGUCAGUAAGAGGGAUCUCAGUCUUUACCUUUCUUAGAUUCAUUCACUUCUGUCUUCUCAUUGUCUUUUCUGAGUUGAAAUGUAUGCCCUAGGAAAAAUCAUGCUGGGUUUUGCUUUUAAAAUAUACAGCAUGUUCAGCCAUGGUGGUAUAAAUGAUAAGCCACCACUGCAUGAAGCUGGGCUUCAUGGAAGGCCCUGGUUCUCUUUCCCAGACCAGCCUAAAAACAGGCUAGUCAUAGCAGUACUUACCUAUAAUGGGGCAGGAAGAUUGAAGCUGGUGAGACCCUGUAGAAAAUAACCUCUACCCCUUCUACCUCUCCCUUUCUUUCUCUUCCUCUGUCCCUUCCUCCCUCCCUUCUUCCUUUUCUUUCUUUCUCUGUCUCCCCAAUCUUUUUUUUAAAAAAGGGAAGAAACAAACAAGGUGGGUGAAUUUAUUUUGGCUGCAAUAAAGAUUCUCAGGGUGUCAGAGCAGUAUUUUGUAUAUCCUGUUUCUGUUUUAUUCAUUCAGGGUGUUCACUUUUACUUUCUUGCUUGUUAGACCAUUUCUGCAAUGUGCCCGAACCUCUCCUGGUUGGGACAGUAAACCAAAUACCUCAUUUUUUAAAAGACGUUUUUAUUGCAUUAGUACUAAUAGAGUGAAUUCUUAACUGAAUCUAUAAUUUCUAGUUGAAGAAAAAAAGUGUCAGCCUAGAUUCUAUGGCCAUUAAAUGUAUGCAAAAUAAAUAAAGUAGGAGCGUG